GGGACCUCAGGGCGGCCGUGGGGGACGCAGGGAGGGAGGCUUUGCUCGAGUCUACGACUGUUGGGAGACAUUGGAGAUGUGCGGGGUCUGCGUGUCCUUGGCUGAGGGAGCUGGGCCCACGCGCAGGGCACUGGGGGGCCAUGGGGGGAUCUGUCUCAGGUCUCCCACCCCGCGGUGACGUCUAUGCCAUCCCCUUCUCCGCAGACCAGACGCUGUGGACAGGCGCCGUGCGUGAGCCCUGGCCGCAGCAGGGGAGCCCUCUCUGGGGAGCCACGUGUGCUGCACUGCAGCCCGGGGAAGCCCCCACGGCCCUUCCUGUCGCAGCCCUGCUGCAGCCGCAGGUGUCGCUGGGGUGCCGGGCGGGCGCAGGGGGGCUGCGGGGCAGCACACGUCCCUCGCGUCGUCCAGCCCAGGACCGGGUGCGUGGCCCCACAGCCCCCGGCACCGCAGGGGGCAGGAGAGCAGGCGCUGCAGGAGGAGCCGGCCCGACGCCAAGGCCGGGGGCUGCGGGCAGGAGGACAUGCCGGCCAUGCAGCCCCCUGCUCCGGCCGGGCUCCUCGCGGAGCCCCCCCAGCUCGCAGCGGGGCACGACCUGCCCGGCCCAGAGACCUGGCGGCAACGUUUCCGGGGCCUGGGCUACGGGGAAGCCGCGGGGCCGCGGGAGGUUUGCAGCCGCCUGCAGGAGCUGUGUGUGCUCUGGCUGGAGCCCCAGCGCCGCAGCAAGGAGCAGGUGCUGGAGCUGGUGGUGCUGGAGCAGUUCCUGGCCAUCCUGCCCCCGGGGAUGCGGAGCCAGGCACGGGGUCAUGGUGUGAAGACCUGCGCUGAGGCCGUGGCCCUGGCUGAGGGGUUUCAGCCGGGUCAGGGGGAGGAUGAGGCGCUGCAGGUCACAGUGAGCGUGAAGGUCGAGGAGGGGCCCUCCGACGAGAUGCAGCCCCCGGGGGCCCUGCAGGACCCUGGUGAUCCCUGCCCGGAGCAGCCAAAGGCCCGCUGUGAGGACAGACCUUUGGAGGAGUCUGGACAGAGGGAAAUCCCGGGGCGUCAGGACAAGCCACCUUGCAUCCCCAUAGAGGAGCCCUCACAGGAGUUAGGUGCUGGGACCCUGCAGAGAGCUGAGCAGCAGCCUGCUGAAGAGGGGCCGGUGAUCCUGGAGCUGUGGAGGACGUGUGCAGGGAGCCUGGAGGAGAGGAGCUCCCUGACCCCUGAGCCAGGCCAAGUGCAGAAGGGGCAGGGCAGGCCUCCAAAGCAGGAGGAGAGCUUGGAGCUCUGGGAGGUGUUCGAGGACGUGGCCGUGUAUUUCACACGGAAGGAGUGGGAGCUGCUGGACGAUGAAGACAAGGUGCUUUACCAGGAGCAGAUGCUGAAGAAUUACCAAGCCCUCGUUUCCCUGGGCUAUCGAGGUCCCACACCUGACUUAAUCUGCAGCAUCCAGCAAGGACGGGUGGAUCUUUGGACCUGUGCUGAUGAGGACCGUGGGGAAAUGUCAAGAUCGGAGGACCUGCUGCCAGGAGAUGCCUGCCUGCUGAGCAGAGCUGAGGAGCAGCCUCCUGUGGAAGAGUCUGCAGACCUGGAGCCAGCGCAGGCUUCCCCAGGGAGUUUGGGUGAGAUGGACUCCCUGAGACCUGAGAAGGAGCGAUGCCACGAGAGUCAGGGAAGGCCCCAAAAGCAGAAGAAGAAGGUAGCCAUGAGCCAGGACCGGUGCAUCCCCCAAGGGAGGAAAACACACCACUGCACUGAGUGCAGGAAGAAGUUCAUCUGCUUACAAGACCUGUCUCAGCACAAGUGUGUGCAGCACCACUGCACCAAGUGUGGGAAGAGAUUCAGGCAGCUCUCCGACCUUGCAAGGCACCUGUGCAUGCACACAAAGGAGCAGCGACUUCAAUGCUCAGAGUGUGGGAAGAGCUUCGCUCACUCCUCCAGCCUGGCUAGGCACCAGCGUAUCCACACAGGGGAGAAGCCACAUCAGUGCUCAGAGUGUGGGAAGAGCUUCACUCAGUCCUCCACGCUGACUCGGCACCAGCGUGUCCACACAGGGAAGAAGCCACAUCAGUGCACAGUGUGUGGGAAGAGGUUCACUCAGCCCUUUAAACUGGCUCAGCACCAGCGUAUCCACACAGGAGAGAAGCCAUAUCAGUGCUCAGUGUGUGGGAAGAAGUUCACUCAGUCCUCCAGCCUGGCUCACCACCAUCGUGUCCACAGAGGAGAGAAACCACAUCAGUGCUCGGAGUGUGGGAAGAGCUUCACGCAGUCCUCUGACCUGACCAAACACCGCCUUGUCCAUGCAGGGGCGAAACCAUAUCGGUGCUUGGAGUGUGGGAAAAGCUUCAGCAUAUCCUCUACCCUCACUCAGCACCAGCGUAUCCACAUAAGGGAGAAGCCACAUCAGUGCUCAGAGUGUGGGAAGAGCUUCACUUACUCCUUCAAUCUGACUCAGCACUUGCUUACCCACACAGGGGAGAAGCCAUAUCAGUGUUCAGAGUGUGGGAAGAGCUUCACUCACUCCUCCACCCGGGCUCGGCACCAGCUUAUCCACAGGAGGGAAAAGCCAUACCAGUGCUCAGACUGUGGGAAGAGCUUCACCCUAUCUUUCGCUCUUGCUCAACACCAGCGUAUUCACACAGGGGAGAAGCCACAUCGGUGCUCAGAGUGUGGGAAGAGCUUUGCUCAGCAAUCCAGCCUGGCUCACCACCAACGUAUCCACACAGGGGUGAAGCCACAUAAGUGUUCGGAAUGUGGAAAGAGCUUCCCCCGAUCCUCCAGCUUGGCUCGGCAUCAGCUCACCCACACAGGGAAGAAGCCACAUAAGUGCUCAGAGUGUGGGAAGAGCUUCAUCCGAUCCAGUCACCUGGCCGAACACCAGCUUAUCCACACAGGGAAGAAGCCACAUAAAUGCUCUGAGUGUGGGAAGAGCUUCACCCGAUCCUCCCACCUGUCUCGGCACCAGCUCACCCACACAGAGAAGAAACCACAUUAGUGCUCCAAGUGUGGGAGGUUCUUUCUCCAGUCCUCCAAACUGGCCCAGCACCAGUGCAUCCCUAUCUGGGAGUGUCUAUAAUUCUGCCAGCAAUACAGUUAUGGUUUGGGGAUGUAUACCUGCUCAGCAUUCACCAGUGUCUGCAUCCAGGGAAUCAGUCUCAUGUUGGUGCACUGCAGCAACAGUUCACCCUUCGUUCAGCCUUUCAAAGACACUGCAAAACCCAAAGGACACAGAGGCUGGCCUCCCUUGUUUGAUAUGGGUGAGGGGUUAAAAGGAGACACUUCAGGCAGAGGCCAGCCCGGAUAAUGGGGGAACCUGUGAGGAGAUGAUCUUUGCAUCAGCCUUGGAGCCUGUGCCCUCCACAUCAUUCCCUAAAAGCAGGCAGUGCUCCCAGGGGGAGAAGUGGUGCCUUCACAACAGGUGCCCUACCCAAGACAGCUGGCUCCAAGUGGCACUGUCUUUGGUGGACUCCUAUUUCGACUUCCCUGCUGGCCCCAGGGUUCUUGUAUGUGAGCCUCUAGAGUUGUAGGAAGGAGGACAUUUAUUUCUGGGGAAGCAUUCCCUGCUUUCCACCCUGAGCAUGCCUUUCCUCCCCACUGCAUCACCUGUCUCCCAGGCCUGCACAUGGCCAUCGCGGUCUGCAAGAAACUGCUACUGCCACCCUGUGAGCCCAGUUUGGCAGGUUUUUCCUUCUCAGCCCCACAUCAGAACUGAGCACCACCAGGUGCCAGCUGCCCCUCUUUCCCUCCAUGCCAUUCUCUAUAGCAGCUUCCUUGGUAAUCAAGCCCCACAACUUAAUAUGAUACCUCUGUGCUUGGUUUCUACUUCCUCUCAAGAACUGUGAAAUGCAAUAAUAGGGGUAAAGGAGGUGCAGCCUGUGACAGGUCCUGCCUCUUGUGUGGAAGGGUGGGGAAAGAAUGAAGGUAUCCUCUGGGUGAAAUGCAGCAUGUUUUAAUCUCCCAGUGAAAAUAUUAUGGCUUCCCUCCUUGUGCCAAAGCCA